UAAUUGUGGCCUUAUAAAAUAAGCACAUGCCUUCUCAUCUCUUCCCCCAGCCACACUACUCCUCCCUCCCCCUCCCUAGCUCUCCAUCUCUCGACUUUCCUUCGUUGCCGGAGCUAUAGCUAUGGACAUAAAACUACUAACCUCAUCAGGUGUCCCCUUCUCCACCCUCCCGCCGAGCUACGUCCGGCCCGAAUCCGACCGCCCCCGCCUCUCCGAGGUCGUCGUCGACGGCCUCGACAUUCCCGUCAUCGACCUCUCCGCCGCCGUCGACAGGUCCCGGCUCGUGUCUCUGGUCGGUGACGCCUGCACCAACUUCGGCAUCUUCCAGGUGAUUAACCAUGGGGUUGGGUCGGGUGCGGCGGAGGAGAUGCUGAGGGUGGCGGCGGAGUUCUUCGAGCUGCCGGCGGAGGAGAAGAUGAAGCUCUACUCCGACGACCCGGCGAAGACGAUGAGGCUGUCGACGAGCUUUAAUGUGAAGAAGGAGAAAGUGCAUAAUUGGAGGGAUUACUUGAGGCUCCAUUGUCAUCCUCUUCCUAAGUACGCACCUCAGUGGCCUUCCAAUCCUCCUUCUUUCAGGGAAACCGUGAGCAAUUACUGCCAAGAAAUUCGAGAGCUAGGGUUCCGACUGGAAGAUCUGAUAUCGGAGAGCCUGGGUCUAGAAAAAUCCUAUAUCAGAAAGGUGCUGGGAGAUCAUCAACAAGGCCAGCACAUGGCCGUCAACUUCUACCCACCAUGUCCACAGCCGGAGCUCACCUACGGCUUGCCGAGCCACACCGACCCCAACGCCCUCACCAUCCUGCUUCAGGACCAGCUCGUCGCCGGCCUCCAGGUCCUCAACGACGGCAGGUGGGUCGCCGUCAACCCGCACCCGGGCGCCCUCGUCGUCAACGUCGGCGAUCAGAUCCAGGUGGCAUUGAGCAACGGGAGGUACAUGAGCGUGUGGCACAGGGCGAUCACGAACACGAAGACAGCGAGACUGUCGGUUUCUUCCUUCCUCUGCCCCGAGGAUGAUGCGCUGAUCAGCCCUGCACCGGAGCUGACUCGAGGGGACGAUGGAUCGUUAGUGGCAAUAUACAGGGGAUUCACGUACGCAGAGUACUACAAGAAGUUCUGGAGCAGGAAUCUGGAUCAGGAACACUGCUUGGAACUCUUCAAGAACACCAUUGAAUAGAGUACUCUCUUCUAUAGCACUUCGGUAACACUUUGAAACAAUGUGCAACAAACAUCAAUUUCGUAAAUCAACUGGUCCCAAUAACUCAAAAUGUUGUAAGAGGUUCAUAUGUGAUACUCAAGGUUGUCAACCCGCGGGUUGACCCUGAUCCGAUCGAGCUAGUGGGUCAAGGGUUAACGGGUCACCCGUUUUAACCCGGAAAUAUGGAAAUAGUCAUUAUAUUGUAC